AUGGUGUCCUCCAUCGACUUGAAAGCAUUGAACGUCUUUACCCUGUCCACUGUAACCCAGGACAUGAUUCACAAGCUCGUGGUUAAGACUUUGCAGGUGAUCCCAUGCCUGGAAGACAAGAACAAGAAGACGACAAGCGAGGGAAAGCCAUUGCCAUCUUUGAUGACCUUUAUCAACAGAUUGGUCAGAUACACAAACGUUUACACCGGUACCUUGAUGACUACCUUGGUGUACUUGGAAAGAUUGAAGCAGAAGUUGCCUAAGAAUGCACAAGGUCUUCCUUGCACCCGUCACAGAAUUUUCUUGAGCUGCUUGAUUUUGGCUUCCAAAUUCCAUAAUGACUCGUCUCCCAAGAACAUUCACUGGGCCAACUACACUGAUGGCCUUUUCUCCAUCACCGAUGUCAACUUGAUGGAGAGACAGUUGCUCUACCUCUUGAACUGGGACCUUCGUGUGUCCAACGAAGAGAUGGUUGCCCACUUGGGUAAGUUCUUGGAUCCUAUCAAGGAGGACUUGAUCAGAUCAUCAAAGAUGAGACAAUACUUGCAGAAGCAACAGCAGGCCGUUGCUGCGCAGCUCCAAGCCGAGAAGGAAUUAUUGGCUACGCCUUCUAUUUCCAGAAGCUCCUCUACAUCAUCUGCAUUGUCAUUGGGCCACAUGCCUAGUCAUAGCCGGGCCAGCUCGAUGGCUUCAUGUCAUUACAGACAAGAUUCUACUAGUUCAGUGGAAUCUUUGAGCCCGGUGAUGACCAAGAGAUGGACCAACGGGGUUGAUCCACGCAUCGAAAUGGCUGCACGGAAUGAGGAAAAGGAGUUGACACGCAUGCUCGACCACCUUUGCAAAGGUUCUAACUAA